GGUCGCGGUAAGCUUUACUCGACUCAUUUCGCAAGAUGAUGCCGUCCACGCCUACGACUCCCAACCCAGACAAUAGUGGCUUGCAAGUGAACCUUGUCGGUCCAAAUGAAGACAGUUACCGAACCCUGGAAAGGAAAAUCAACGAUGAAGUGAAGAAAAAUGGAACGUCGCCGGUCGAACGCAUUGAAAUCCAGCGGAUGGUGAAGCUGGUUGAUAGCAACCACUGGAGGUGCUAUAGCCAGCGCCGCAAUGAAGUGGGACAAGAGUUGGGUGGCAGUAAUUUCAAUCAGAAAUUCCUUUUCCUGACGUCCCCUUACGUUGACCAGAUUUCUGUCUAUGGGAUUGAUAUGGCAAGAGAUGCGAUUGAUGGCACCUUUGGCCAUGGAAUAUACCUUACCCAAAGCGCGUUGAACGCAAGCCGCUACGCCUUCAAUUCAAAAACUGGCUGCAGUGCCCACCAGCAUACCAAGUGCACGACCUGCACAAGAAAAAUGAUUGUGUGCAAAGUUGUUCUUGGCAAAAGCUACAACAGCACUGGCAAAGUCAAUCAUUCUGAGCUUCCCAGAGGGUACCACUCGGUGCAAGGUGUAAUUAAAGGUCAUCCUUCGGACGUAUUUGUGGUAUACGACACCUAUCAAAUAAUUCCCACUUACUACGUCGAGUUUACUACUUUCUUCAAGCAACGAGGAGGACAGCCUGACAGCAAUGGAUUUGGUCGUCGACAGGGAAACACAUCAAGACGUGGCGAUCCAGCACGGCAAAAUAAUCAAGGAAAUGGUCUUGUAACAGCCGCAAGCCAAGUGGUAACUACACUUGCACCCUUAGCACCUGUGCUGAUUGAUACAUUUCUCCGUAGAGGUGGCAGAGGAUCAGCAGUACCAAACGCCAAUUUUAAUGUACAGGGCACAAUUCCAGUGCUUGGCUCUGAAUACAAACUCAGCUUCAGUUUGAAUUAAAUAUCUAUCAGCUCUACAUCUACAUGCAAGCACACUAAUAUCAUUCUGCAGUAUAAUUAUGGGAUAUAUUUUUUUAUUAAAAUUUGGCAAUGUAUAGGGAAAACAAGCCCUACAGAACCUUUUAUGACGUUUGAUUUAAACAGGUAAUUUUCACAUGGUAAAUCAAUUCAUAUAAUAAUUCUUAAUAAAUAUCCUAACUGAA